AUGGACCCCAACGCUUCCGGCUAUCCAAUGCAGCACAACCCGGGCUACCCUGUCCCUGCGCAGGGCAAUCCGCAGCAGUUUCCGUACUAUCCGAAUCAGAUGCCCUCCUUUCCCCAGUCGAAUGCCCCCUCUCAGCCGUCUUUCGGUGCUGUACCACUGCAACCUGGUGGAGCUAUGAUGCCGCCGGCUUUUACCCAACAAUCACCAGGACCUCACGCGAACUUCUCGACCCCAUUCUCCCAGCCUCCCGUCACCGGUGCUUUCCCUCAACCAACAACCUCCGCGAACAUCCCCGCGACUCAAGCGCAGACUUUCCAGCAGAAUAUGACUACGGGCCUGGCGAAGACGAUGGCACCUGCUCAGCAACCGGUCAUGGCCCAACAGGCUCCGGCUCAACCUACCGCCCCGGCCGUUCAAUCCCCAGCAGUCCAGUCGCCGGCAGCAUUGGCGCGGGAAAAGGAACGCGUUUCGGUGCUUUUGGAGAUAAACUCGAUGUUGCUACAGGAAGCGAUCAAUCUACAAACGUCAGGCAAAGCAGGCGGUCCUCCAGCCCAGCAGGGAUCCCAAGAAUCGAACCCGUCGCCGACCUCGGAAUCGUCCGACAAACAACGGGCCCCCGAGUACGUUAACUGCAUGCGCCGUUUGCAAGCCAACCUCGGGUACCUCGCUACUGUGGCAGACAAGGGCAAAAAGUCUGGAGGCGUUGUCCCUCAAGCACCCGCUAUCAUGACACCGCCCCCGAACCUGCCGGCCAUCAAUGACCUCUACACCAAGUUGAACCAGUUGUUCCCGAAUGCUGCGCAAGGGACAACGAACCCCAAUCAACCUGCUGCUCAAGGGAAUGGAGGACCUGGCCUAUCGCCCAAUUCUGAAAACGUUGUCAUCUAUUUUGUGCAGCAGUCGUUGACUGUCGAGAACUUGACAGAAUUCAUGUACGCGGACCGUGCGCGAGACCGACGGGCAUGUCACUCUGGAUCCCAUUCGCAGAAUCAUAAUUAUUCGCACGUAAAACGAGCAAGGCUCGUCCGUAUCCCUGAAGCUCGGUCAUCUGGCCUGACAAUGUUUGCAGGAGGAGGGGGCCAUGGCCCAAUCAUUGAGGCUCAUGCGGCGCCUGCUCGGGCUCCGCCCAGGGCCUUCAAGGUUCCCGACCCAGCAUUGCCCGCGCUAUCUUGUCAGCGUCAGUUUUCGCUUUCGUCGAGAAUAAGCCUCUCGCGGUAUUUUUCAAAUAAAACUGCUCUGCCGACCCUGCUCAGCCGCGCCCCUUUUGCGCGCUGGCAACCGACCCCGACUCAGCUCCGCCGGUCAUCUUCAGCCGCCGCAGCAACGCCCGAUCUCUGUGUUACCAGCAAAACUCCCACCCGGUCGACGCUUUCCCGACUGCCCACGGACUCCGACCCUAACACCCGCGGGACCGUGAACGAUACAACCACGAAUAUGAAUGGGGACGGCGUCGCGAAACGCAAGCGCAACUCCAUCUCCGCGGCGGCGGAGCGGCCGGUGAAGCAUCUGAAGCCCGAAAACUCAACACUCACCCCUGGCGACUCUACCCCUGCCAACGGGACCGUCUACGAUGUGGAGGACGAAGAAGAUCUGGGCCCGUUGAUGGCGAUCGGGCCGACGCAGGCGGAUUCGCCGGAGUGGCAGGCUACAAUUGAGGAGGUUGUCAAGAGUGUCGUCUCGAUCCAUUUCUGUCAGACUUGCUCGUUCGACACGGAGCUGUCGAUGAGCAGUCAGGCUACUGGAUUUGUGGUUGAUGCAGAGCGUGGAUAUAUCCUUACCAACCGACAUGUUGUCUGUCCCGGUCCCUUCUGGGGAUACGUCAUCUUUGAUAACCAUGAGGAGUGCGACGUCUACCCCGUGUAUCGAGACCCCGUCCACGAUUUCGGGUUGCUCAAGUUCGACCCCAAAGCAAUCCGUCACAUGAAACUGAGAGAGCUGAAGCUGCAGCCCGAUGGAGCUCGCGUGGGCUCGGAGAUCCGGGUUGUCGGUAACGAUGCGGGAGAAAAACUGAGCAUCCUGUCUGGUGUCAUCAGUCGACUUGAUCGGAAUGCGCCCGAAUAUGGUGAGGGUUACAGUGAUUUCAACACCAAUUAUAUUCAGGCCGCCGCUGCAGCUAGCGGCGGAAGUUCCGGAAGUCCGGUGGUCAAUAUUGAGGGAAAUGCCAUUGCCCUGCAGGCUGGUGGUCGUGCAGACGGAGCCGCGACCGAUUAUUUUCUCCCGCUGGACAGGCCCCUCAGGGCCCUGGAGUGCAUUCGUCGCGGAGAACCAGUCACUCGUGGAACCAUUCAGACUCAGUGGAUUCUGAAACCGUUUGAUGAGUGCCGGCGUCUGGGCUUGACUCCGGAGUGGGAAGCGGCGGUGCGCAAGGCGGCUCCCACUGAGACGAGCAUGCUGGUUGCUGAGAUCAUCCUGCCUGAAGGCCCCGCGGAUGGAAAGAUCCUGGAGGGAGAUGUGCUCUUGCAGGUCAACGGGGAGCUACUCACCAAGUUUGUUCGUCUUGACGACAUCCUCGAUUCCAGCGUCGGACAGUCGGUAAAGUUGUUGGUACAGAGAGGCGGUCAAGAUGUGGAAGUUGAAUGCAAUGUCGGCGACCUGCAUGCUAUUACGCCUGACCGGUUCGUAACCGUCGCUGGCGGAACGUUCCAUAACCUAUCCUACCAACAGGCGCGACUCUACGCCAUUGCAACCAAGGGUGUCUAUGUGUGUGAAGCAGCGGGCUCUUUCAAACUGGAAAACACCCUCUCGGGAUGGCUUAUUGAUUCUGUGGAUAAGCGAAAAACGAGAAAUCUCGAUGAGUUUGUUGAGGUCAUGAAGACAAUUCCCGAUCGAUCUCGCGUCGUGAUUUCGUACCGACACAUCCGCGACCUACACACUCGCGGAACGAGCAUUGUGUACAUCGACCGCCAUUGGCAUCCGAAGAUGCGACUGGCGGUCCGAAACGACGAGAGCGGCCUCUGGGAUUUCUCUGAUCUUGCCGAUCCCAUCAAGGCUGUGACGCCGGUCCCAAGAAAAGCUGACUUCAUCCAGCUUGAUGGUGUGAGCCAGCCCGCCGCCGCUGAGAUUGUGCGCAGUUUUGUUCGUGUAUCCUGCACGAUGCCGUUGAAGCUGGAUGGCUUCCCUCAGGCAAAGAAGACUGGAUUUGGUCUUGUCGUCGAUGCCGACAAGGGCUUGGUCGUUGUCUCACGUGCUAUCGUCCCUUACAACCUCUGCGAUAUCAACGUGACCGUCGCCGACUCGAUCAUUGUCACGGCGAAGGUCGUCUUCCUUCAUCCUUUGCAAAACUACUGUAUCAUCCAAUACGACCCUUCCCUGGUACAAGCCCCUGUCCAGAGCGCAAAGCUCAGCACGGAGUUUAUCAAACAAGGACAGGACACUAUCUUUGUCGGCUUCAACCAGAACUUCCGCAUCGUGGUUGCCAAGACGGCUGUAACUGAUAUCACGACGGUUUCUAUUCCGGCCAACGCUUCGGCACCGAGGUACCGUGCGAUCAACCUUGACGCGGUGACUGUAGAUACCGGGUUGAGUGGACAAUGCUCGAACGGUGUCCUGGUUGGCGAAGACGGCGUUGUCCAAUCUCUUUGGCUGAACUACCUUGGUGAACGUACGCCAAACUCCCACAAGGAUGUUGAAUACCAUCUCGGAUUCGCGACGCCAUCGCUGCUGCCGGUUGUCAGCAAAAUCCAGCAAGGCGUCCUGCCGAAGCUGCGGAUCUUGAACAUGGAGAGCUACGUUGUGCAGAUGAGCCAGGCGCGCAUCAUGGGAGUCUCGGAUGAGUGGAUUGAGAAGGUGGCCAAGGCCAACCCGGCUCGCCACCAGCUGUUCAUGGUGCGCAAGGUUGACUGCCCACCGCCAGAGUUCAAGUCGACAGGCGACAGCUUCCAGGAGGGUGAUAUCAUCCUCACACUGGACGGACAGCUGAUCACUCGCGUGUCCGAGUUGGACAUCAUGUACGAGAAGGAGAUGCUAGAGGCGCUGAUUGUGCGCAAUGGCGAGGAAAUGAAGAUCCAGGUGCCUACUGUGUCGACGGAAGAUCUAGAGACCGACCGAGCGGUCGUUUUCUGUGGUGCUGUGCUGCAGAGGCCACACCACGCCGUCCGCCAGCAGAUCUCCAAGCUGCACAGCGAAAUCUAUGUCAGCGCAAGGAGCCGCGGAUCCCCGGCAUACCAGUACGGCCUCUCACCCACCAACUUCAUCACCGCCGUCAACGGCGUCCCAACACCAGAUCUCGACCGCUUCGUGGAGGAGGUCAAGAAGAUCCCAGACAACACAUACUUCCGCCUUCGCGCGGUCACUUUCGAUAACGUGCCGUGGGUGGUCACCAUGAAGAAGAACGACCACUACUUCCCCAUGUCCGAAUACGUCAAGGAAGAGUCCGAGCCGCUCGGGUGGAAGUCGAUCUCGCAUGACACUCAAGAUAAGGAAGGGGUAGCUCCGGAUGUGGCGAACUUGAACCCGGACGCUAUGGACGAGGGGCUGGAGGGUGUGAGCGAUAUAGAGCCGGAGGCUGGGGUUGUAUAA